UUGAACUCAUUUCUAAUUCAAGUGAAGUUCGGGCUACACAUGCUAAAUAAUUUCGACUUUUAUCCAAUCGAAAUCAAGUUCAAGUAAUAAGAUACAUACUUGUAUAUAGUAGAUAGUUCUACUCGUAGCACAUGGAUUACGCACGAAAGAUCGGUAAAUCGGAUGAGCCUAAAAAAUGGGUGAAACAACCACCGGCGCUGUUACGCAUAUGCGACGGGCUGAUCAGUCCACAGUCGAAUUUCACAGAAGACAGCCGUUUGGUGAACUGGAGACAAUGGUUACAAAGACGGAAGGCGCAGUACGAGCACACCAAGAGCGUGACUGGCCGCCAGCAAGUCGAUCAAGUCGUGAAUUCCUGCGAGAAAGUACGCGAGCAGGUCGAGAUGAGGAAUCUGAUGGAAUACGCGAACGUACCGGUACCGGUGAUACCUGAUAAGUACCGAGGGGGACCGGAAUUUUGGAGAACGCCAGAGAAGCUAUACAAAGGCGAUGCUGCGUGCCCGUGUCUACCUGACAUCACAUUCGUACCGACUAAAAAAGAUCUGAACGUAAUCCCAGAAUUUACAUACGUCGAUUUACCUGCACUGACAGAGAAGGAGAAGGAUCUGGCUAGUAUGAAGUCUAAGGAACCAUUGUGGAAACGUAGUCAGUAUUUGAUGAGAAGAAGGCAGGAGUUGUCCAGGGAAAUAGAAUUGCUCAUGCCGAAGGAACCGGAAAUGAGGGAGUUGGCGAUCAAAAAUUUCGUUGUGCAAAAACCGAAACAGUUGCCAAGGAUUCCCCCGAUCACGGUAACCCGCGUAGGAGAGGGAGAAGAGGAGGAGAAUACAGAAGAAGUACUAGAGAAAGACCCGUGUUGCGAGUGUUAUCCUGAGAAUAUUGUCGUAUUAAGGAUUCAAGAUCGCGACAUCGUUUGGGACAAAUCCGCGACAGCGAGCGAUCAGAGUUCCGAGCCCAUUAUGUGGAGUCUAACAUUUUCCGGUAAAGUGAACAAGCGAACGGAGUUGGAAAUCCGGUUCAAGAACAAAGGCGAUCGCGUGGUCAUAUACGAAUGGCGACCGAAGGUCUAUCACUCUAAUGUACUUCCCAUAGGGUAUCGAACAAGUCCGUUUUACUUCAAGAAAACAACAGGAGUGCUUCUACCGGGACAAAUCGUGAAAUUGAAAAUCUGGUACCGGCCACGAAACGCGCACGUCGCUACUGAGUAUUGGAGACUUAUAACCGACCCGGUUUUAUGUAGUUCGCCAUUGAUAUUCCGAUUUUGGGGUUGCGCCGAAACGGAGGAUCCUCAAAUGUUGCAAUCCGAUCCGAUUCAAAUGGUGGAUGGUUAUUUAGACCGUUGCGUCAGAGAUACCGUGGUAUUAGAAAUAGUGAAUGAAAUCUUGGAUAACAUCGAGUCCUUCAAGCAUCCGGAACCAGCUUAUGGCAAUUUAUUCUUGGAGGAGGAACAGUUCGUUCUAAAGAAUCCGUUGUGCCACUACAAUCCGUCCCUUUUGAUCGAGUUUCACAAGUUGUAUUACAAUGCCACGAAUCAGAGGGAACGACGUUGGAAUAUGCUAUUAACCGAUCUUCGGGAAGUUCUGCUAAAAAUGAAGCAGUCUGAAUUGAGAAGCGAGCUGUUAUUACAGUUUGGAAGGCUUUAUAAGGAGAGCUUGAAACCGACACUUUACAAUCCUAUUCGUUCCAACAAAUACGAAGUGGUGUAUUAUUUGCUGUGCUCGUUUUUCAACCUGUUUGAAAUAGAGAGUGAAAUGGCAAAGAACGCUUGUUUCUUACGCGAGACGAAGAAGAUUUCUGAUACAGUUUCAGAAACUAGUCAAUCGCUAACGUUGGACAUGUCCAUCGAGGAUGACACCCCGCGAAAGAAAGAAUCGAAGAAAUCUAGUAUGCUUUUAAAGACUCAAGAGAUUCAGAAGCCUAGCGAAAUCUCUAUUUGCAUACCGACUGAUCGCCCUUAUAAGGAAAUAUUUUUUAUUCGCAUGUAUCAACUUUUGGGAGAAACAAUAGUACGAGUGUUUGCGUCCAUUGAGUCGUUUAACAAUCUAAAUGAACGUGAUAAAUAA